GGCCAUGUCUGUGGAGAAGAGGACUCAGUCGUCGUUUUCACCCUUGGACGUGAGGGAGCGGAAGAAGCUUAGAACCCCGAAGGGGCGCGGCAAGGCCCGAAGCCAGGGCAGCCCGGGCGUCCGCGGGCGUCCCCCGCCGGAAGUGGGCUCCAAGGGGGCGCCGGCGCCGCGAGAGGAGAACCAGUGCGAGCCGUGGUGCGGGCUCGUCGUGGUGGGGAGGAGGAUGGAGCUCCUGGAGAGAAGCCCGCGGAAGCCCAAAGGGAGGGACUUGAUGGGUGAGGGAAAGCCCGGGCCCGGCGGGGCGAGCGCACCGCAGGCCCCGGCCGGCUUAGAAAUCAGGAAGAAGCCGGCGGAGGAGGCCGAGGGCCCGACCGGGGCCGAACCCCAGGGUGCAGACGUGACAGCGCGCCCCAGAGCCGGGUCCGGGACGGAAGAGCGGUCGACGUCCAGCGGCCACAAUGGGGAGGCCAGGGUAGAGGACUUGAGUUCUAGAAGGUACCACCUGGGACAGGAUGAGGAGCUGAGGUCCAGCAGGCCGAAGCUGAAACCCAGUGAAGAGAACUCGCUUGGGCCCGGCAGAAUGAAGUUCAGAUCCAGUGAAGAGAAGCUUGGGCCCAGCAGAAUGAAGCAGAAACCCAGUGAAGAGAAGCUUGGGCCCGGCAGAAUGAAGUUGAGAUCCAGUGAGGAGAAGGUUGGGUCCAGUAAAAUGAAGCUGAAACCCAGUGAAGAGAAGGUUGGGUCCAGCAGGGAUAAGCUGAGAUUCAGGGAAGGGAAGCGUAGAUUCAGUGGAGUGAAGCUGAGAACCAGUGAAGAAAAGGUUGAGCACGUGGAGGAGAAAGUAAAACCCGGUGGAGAGAAGCCGACAUCCAGUGCAGAGAAACUAAGAUCAAGCGAGGAGAAACGCAGGUUCAGUGGAGAGAGGCGUGGGACCAGUGGAGAAAAGCUCAAAUCUAGCAGAGAGAAGCUCACAUCCAGUGGAGAGAAGCUCACGUCCAGUGGAGAGAAGCUCAGGUCCAGCGGAGAGAAGCUCAGGUCCAGCGGAGAGAAGCUCAGGUCCAGCGGAGAGAAGCUCAGGUCCAGCGGAGAGAAGCUCAGGUCCAGCGGAGAGAAGCUCACGUCCAGUGGAGAGAAGCUCACGUCCAGCGGAGAGAAGCUCAGGUCCAGCGGAGAGAAGCUGAGAUCCAGCGGAGAGAAGCUCAGGUCCAGCGGUGAGAAGCUGAGAUCCAGUAGAGAGAAGCUCAGAUCCAGUAGAGAGAAGCUCAGAUCCAGUAGAGAGAAGCUCAGAUCCAGUAGAGAGAAACUCAGAUCCAGUAGAGAGAAACUCAGGUCCAGUGGAGAGAAACUCAGGUCCAGUGGAGAGAAACUCAGGUCCAGUGGAGAGAAGCUCAGGACUAGUGAAAAAGAUUUGAGAUCCACUGGAGAUAAACAGGAAUCAAGUGCUGAGAAAUUAGACUCCAGUGAGAAGUUGGAGGAAGGCUCAAGAAGGGAGAGUGUGAAGGAAGAUGAAAUUGAAACAGUGAUAAAAGUUAUUACUGAUGAAAGAGAGAUAGAACCUACAGAUGAGAUGGAAAUUCCUGUAGAAAGUAUAGAAAGAAAGAAAGAACUAGAAGUGGUUGAGGAAGGAAUGGAAGUUGAUAAGGAUGACUUGAAUGAAGAGGAAAAUAUUGGUGAACCUGUUUCUAUGGAAGAGAAAGAUAUGACAGAUAAAGGCCCAGUGGAUGAAAUGGAUGAAGGAUUGAAGUGAGAGAGAGAGAGAGAGAGAGGACUAUUGAAAGAUGAAAGAGGAGAAAGCCAAAGCCUAAAAGAAGCGUGGGAAUGAAGCAGAACAAGGUCCAGUGGAAGAGAGGAACAAUGGGAAAGAUGGAAACAGGAACCUUUUGAGGAGAAAGAAAAAUUUAGUAAUGAAUUAGAGAGGAAAUUGGAUAUCGGGUUCUUGAAGAAUGUUUGAGAAAUGGGUUUACGAUUGGAGAUGUGAGGAGAAGAAUGCCUGCAGAGGGGGGGAGAGCAGCAUGGCAGCAGGAUAAAGCAUAGCCAUUGAAGGUUAUGGGACUAAUAGGCUGAAGUGAGCAAAAUAUCUGAAGGUGAAGAAUGAGUGGCUCCAAAAGGACAAAAACAAGAGGAAAUGGAGAUGAAAGAAGUGAAAAAAAUCUGCGUAUUACUGAGAUCAUCGGUGAUUCUGCAAACACAGGAGCGGUCAUCUCUUAUAAGAGGCCUCCAUGGGCACAAGGUCGGGAAUGGACCAGUUCUACAUUGCAGGAGCCUCACUGUGCUGCGGUGUACAAAUUAUGGCCGAGUCAUCAGAUUUCUGUUCUCUGGCUGGAUAUCGUGCAUUUCACUGCGACCGCAGAAAGAGAAGUAAAGCUGGGAACGCUACGCCAAAUGCCAGCCACCUGCGCCCAGCGCCAGCCCUCUCCCACCCCCCCAGUGUAUGCCA